AUGGCUGCCAGUGAUAAUGAGACAUUCAGUGAGAGGGGGACUCCAUCCCAACCUAAAGGGGUUUUUCAAUUGCAGCCCUAUGAUGCCCUGCUCGCCCAGAAUAAAAUCAUCACUCAACAAUUGGAGAUCCUUACCAAGAAAUUCCGCUCCAAUAAUUACAAUCAAGGGUGGCGAUCUCAGCCAAGCAAUGGACCAGGACAAUUUGGACAAACUGGUGGACAAUACUAUAAGCCCCCACAGCAGCAGCAGCAACAGUGGCAGCAACAACCCUCUUCAGACAAAACUGCACAGCUUCAAGAAACUCUCAAUCAGUUCAUGCAGGCAACCCAUUCUAACCAAAAGAACGCAGAAGCGGCUAUCAGGAACCUGGAAACACAGAUGGGCCAGUUAAACCAAACGGUCAAUCAAAUGCAGGAGAAGUCGUACAAAAAUUUUAGGGCUAAUACUGAUGUUAACCCCAAAGAAGAAUGCAAGAAUACAAGAAAAAUACAAGCAGGGUGCCUUGAAGAAGUUUCAAAAAGAUUAGGGAUAGAAGUUCCUAUGACAGAAGCCUUGCAGCAGAUCCCUACAUAUAAGGAAUUUUUGAACAAGCUCCUCAAAAAGAAAAAUUUGAAAGAGGAGACAACUGAAGAACAGAGGGAUUGCAGCGUGAUGUUACAGAAGACUCUUCCCCCAAAAGAAGGAGACCCAAGAAGUUUUACCAUUCCUUGUAACAUUGGGGAGCAUAAAAUUAGAAAAGCCUUGAUUGAUUUGGGGUCCAACAUCAACUUAAUGCCCCUGACGUUUCUUAAAAAGAUGGGGGAGUUAGAAGUAAAGCCAGCAAGGAUGUCUCUCCUCAUGGCAAAUGGAUCCCCUAAAAGGCCCUAUGGGGUGUUAGAAAAUGUGAAGUUGCAAGUUGAUAACCUGAUGUUCCUGGUAGACUUUGCGAUCUUAGAGAUGGUAGAAAAUGCAGAGAUCCCUAUCAAUCUUGGAAGGCCGUUCCUGAAGACGGCCAAAGUAAUCAUCAAUGUUGAUGAGGGAACCAUAGCCCUCAAAGACCAAGAAGAUAAAGUGAUCCUGAAUGCUUGUAAGACAAGGCGGCAGAUUGAAGAGAAGAAAACCAAUCCCAAAGCUGCAUUUAAAGAUGCACUCGGGAAAGGUACUAGAACUGCCAAAUCAAGGAAGAAAGGUAAAAAGUAUUUUCUGUCAUAG